AUGGUCGCUGCUCUUGGGGCCAUUGGUGCCAGUGGUCGUGCUCUUCCGGGCAGUCAGAUUUUUUCUCGGGCUACCUGCGAGGCCACCUACACGGUCGUGGCCGGGGAUACCUGUAAUGAGAUCGCCACCAAGAACGACGUUACAGUUUCCGCCUUGGAGGCCGCUAAUCCAUCUAUUGAUGCGAAUUGCGACAAUCUGUUCAUCGGAGAACAGCUUUGCAUCCCUGGCACCACACCACCUCCCCCUUGCGCUGAAAACUAUACAGUCAAGGCUGGUGAUGUGUGCAUCAAUAUUGCAAACCAGUUUAACAUCACCGUUGCUCAAUUGGAAGCUGCUAAUACCGAGAUUGAUCCCUUAUGCGACAAUCUGCAAAUUGGCGAGGUUCUAUGCAUUCCCUAG